GUAUGUAACAUGGAGAUGGUGAAUUAUGUUAGAAUGGAGUAAUUAAGAAAGGUAGAUUUGAAAAUAGUGUACUUACAAAUCAAAGAAGUUACAGUAUGUGGGAAUCAGUAGAAAGUAAUUUUAAUUAGAAAACAAUUUAAAUGAAACCUUUUCACAUUUCUUAUAUUAACGUAGUAAAUAUAUGCCUGCAAUUAGACAUAAACUAAAAUUAAUAAUGAGGUAAGGGGAUAAAACUAUUUUUUUAGAAAGUCUCAUUAUCAAAGAUAUUCCUUUUGAGAAUGAUCCUGAUUUCUUAACUAUAUGUCCAGAACCAGUCAAACAGAAAAUAUUCAAACCUAAAAUGAAUUAUAG